CGCCCAUUAGUACCGUCUCAAUGAUACAAAAGUGCACGUUGUCAGCAUACAUAUCGCGGAGCUAAGUAUGCGUGCUAUGUAAAAAUACAGCAUGCAACACUAUCAAACAAUAUCAAUUUAAAAUAAUAGUUAUUUCCUUCGUCAACACAGUAGAUUAAUAUUUUGAUAAUAUUUUAAAUUCAGUCUGUGAAGAGAGGGCAGGUACUACAAGAAGUCAUGAAAGUGAACCUGUCCGACAACAAAAGGAUCGAGCACCAGUAGUAGUUACGAAGAAGGCAGUGGAGGGAUACAGUUCUGCAUACAUACAUGACCGCUGAUGCCAGAGAUUAGUCAUCAAGGUCUUUGUGCCGGUCUACUCCAAUACCGGUUUUUUCGCGAAGGUGUACCUACCGGCCGUUCACGUUCUUCAUGAUGUAUUCUUCUUACAAUAUUUCUAGUAUACCUGUGUCCGUACAACGUUCACUACGUACACCUGUCGACACGUAAAUUUCACGCUUUAAGAAUAUUCGCGAUAUGAAUGGCCCGUUUACAAUUAACUCCUAUUCUUAAUUUCAAGAUUUACAUUCAUUAGACACCACAUGUUUGAUAUCUGUCUAAGAGUCAUGUUAUUAUAUACAAAUAAUCGAGAAUUGUCGUGAUAAACGUUGAAUUUCUAUAAGUUAUUUGUGUUGCGUAUAAUCAGUUAACAUGGAUACAGUUCGGGCGGGUAGUGCGCCAAAUCUAACAGCAUAUUUGGAAAUGGACAGGAUUAAUAGUACAUCCAAAAGGACCGACAAAAAACUCACUAAAAGCAUGCUAUGUAUACAGGAAGAACUUGGCCAUCUCAGUGUUAAAGAUAAAGAACAAGUUAAAGAAAAUACAAUAGGAAAUGGGAAACUUGAUUCUGGUGUGUUACAACCAAGUGGAUGGAUAGAAGGUCUGUUAGGAUGUUUAAAACCAAUGUGGACAAUUAUUGGAAAAGGAAAUAAUUAUGAUCAUAAAUCUUUCCAGGAUAUUUGGGAUAUUCCUUUUGAAUCGAUUAGUGAUUUACAAUGGUUGGGUUCUGGAGCUCAAGGAGCUGUAUUUAGUGGUAAGUUAAAAAAUGAAAUUGUUGCUGUUAAGAAAGUUCGUGAACAAAAAGAAACAGAUAUUAGACACUUAAGAAAAUUGAAUCACCCUAAUAUAGUACAAUUCAGAGGUGUAUGUACUCAAGCUCCUUGUUACUGCAUUGUAAUGGAAUAUUGUCCUUAUGGUCCUCUUUACAACCUGCUAAGAGAUGGGGAAGAAAUACCACCUGUACGUUUAGUAUCAUGGGCCAAACAAAUUGCUUCAGGAAUGCAUUAUUUGCAUGUGAAUAAAAUCAUUCAUAGAGAUCUUAAGAGUCCUAACGUUUUAAUUGGACAACAAGAAAUGGUCAAAAUAAGUGAUUUUGGCACAAGUCGUGAGUGGAAUGAAAUUAGUACCAAAAUGAGUUUUGCUGGAACAGUUGCGUGGAUGGCUCCUGAAAUAAUAAGAAAUGAACCUUGUUCUGAAAAAGUAGACAUUUGGUCUUAUGGUGUUGUAUUAUGGGAACUUAUGACAUGUGAAACUCCAUACAGGGAUGUAGAUUCAUCAGCUAUUAUAUGGGGAGUUGGUAGUAAUUCUUUACAUCUGCCUAUUCCUUCAUCUUGUCCUGAUGGUUUUCGGUUAUUAAUUAAACAAUGUUGGGCGGCUAAACCACGUAAUAGACCAUCCUUCAAACAUAUUAUGAUGCAUUUAGAUAUUGCUAGUUCACAAGUGUUGGCUAAUACACCUGAUGAAUAUUUCAAAACACAAGCUCAGUGGAAAGAAGAAAUACGGAUUCACAUGUUACAAAUGCAAACAAAUGGGAGCCAUAUACCCAAAUUUGAAGAAGAUCUUAUUAAAAAAAGGAAAAAUGAAUUAAAACAUGCACAAGAUAUAAGAGAACAUUAUGAAAGGAAAUUAGAACGUGCUAAUAACCUAUACAUGGAACUUAGUGCUGUAUUAUUACAACUAGAAGAGCGUGAGAGAGAUUUAAUAAGGAGAGAAAAACAAAUGUCUAAAGUUUACAAGAAAAGGCUUAUCCGACCACUUUUGAAAACUCAAGAUAAGUUGAACAAACAAGAUAGGUCUAUUUCGUUCACAACAACUACACCAUCAUCUCCAGAAAAAAAUAUUCAAGAAUGUACAGAUAAAUUUCAAAAAGCUACACUUUAUGCUCAAGUAUGUAAUAAUAAUUCAAAUAAAUCAGAAUCCAUUAUCAUUACACAGAAACAAUCUCAGAAAAAAUCUCGUUCUAGGAAAGCUCAUUUAAUAUGCACUAUUUCCAAGACUCACAAGUAUGAUAAUUCAAAAGAAUGGAAUUCUUUUCGACAAAUAAGUAAUAAAGUCAAUAGUGAAACUCAGACUGAAACAAUUGAUUCUGGUCUUCAGCAAGACAUGCUUAAUGGCAAUAUGUCUGACCAAUAUUCCGCCCAUUCACAGGGUGAAGAAAGUUCCUGUAGUAGUGGUGUAAGACUUAGUGAUGACGAACAUUUAGAUAGAUUGGGAAGGCAAGUAAAUGAAAUAUUGAAUAACAAUAGAUCUUCAAACUUGGUUGAAUUAUCAGAGUACUAUCAAGAUGUAGAAUCAAAUUCAAAUAAUUUCAAUCUAAAAAGAAAAAGUGCUAGUAGACGUCCUAUUGGGCCUGGCUUAAGAGUACGUCGAUAUAGGACUGCACAAUAUUGUCAAGAACUCAAUGGAAAUUCUUAUGCUGCCAAUAAUUUAUUUGACAAAAAUAAUACCCAAGAAGCAGAUAGUUCAACUUCAGAUUCAGAUAUGAAAGAAAUUGAUUUAAAAUCUACUUUUUACAAUAUGUCACAUAAAUUUCCUGUGUAAUACUGUAUAUUUGAAACUUCUGAAGUUAGAUUACAUUGUUCUUUCUGCAUUCAUUAAGCAAUUCAUUGUACUGACGUAGUCAUGUUUUAUACUGUACUGAACAUAAUGGUAGUUGCUUAACAAUUAAAUGAGCAAUAAUUAUUGAUCUCUUUUACCAUUAUAUUGUGAUGUAAUCAAUUUGUAAUCAUACAUGUUGUGUAUUGUAGACUGACCUUAUAUUAAGGUAAUUUUUUUAGGAAAUUAUUAUAUUAUAUUAAUUAGUUAUUAGGCUUAUUUCUUUAUUUUGUAUGCUGUAGCAAAACAAAAAUUAUUUUUAUGUAUACUAUGUUCAAUAAAAAUAUAUAUAUUGUGAAUACAUUUUUUUUUAAAUUUUGAAUAGGAUUGGAUCAAAUCCAAACAGUACAACAUAAUAUAGUUGUAAUAAAUGUGUAUAAAACAUUCAAAAUGAUAUUAUAAAACAAUGUGUUUUAUACAAUAAAUAUUUUUUAGUUUUUUAAUUGAUGUUUAUAUAUUAUCCAUUAUAUUAAAGUUUGUUCCAAAGAAUUCCAUAACUUUUAUCCACUAAUUAUAUUUUGUUACUUUCUUUUUUAAAUAAUUUUUACAGUUUUGGACUACAUUAAAAACACAUUUUUUAAUUAUUUGUCUCCAAUAAAAAUAAAAAAAAAAAAUUUAUUUUGUA